CAUGUACUUUUGUACAGGCCGUGUAGUUUUGAUGCUAUGUGCACAUUUCUUGCUCGUAAUCUAUUGAUUUAAAAGAAAUAAUGCAGCCAUAAACUUCCAGUCGUCUACUUGAUGUGUAGACAAUACAUCAAGUGAAUACUAAUAUAUGAUUGCUAAUUGGAAUAAUGUUAUUAGAAGUCCGUAAUUAGAGGAAAACAACAGACCGACAAAACUGAUUCGAGUUUUCAAAAUGGCCGAUGUCCAGUAUGUAUCUUCAUUCAAGAAUAAAGGCAAGAAUCCUGCAGCACCAACAUCGUUUCUCCCCACAUUGCCAGCAAAGCGCAGUAAACCGAUAUGGCAGGCCAACCCGCCUUCCUUUGUACUGUCUGGAAAGCCUCCAGAAGACCAGGUGGAAGAACUCAGCGUGGCCGCCCAGCUAACAACACGAGAGCCCAAGAAGAAAGGAAAGACUGGUCGUAGCAAGUCAUGGGACCCGGAGAGCAAUGGUCCCGUGAACGGGGCCGGCAAAGCCAAGGGCUUCUCUCAUCCACGGAAGGACAGGGAGAGCUUCCGCAAUGCCUUGGUGAACAUAAUCAUGCAACAGGAGACUCCUGACAGCAGACCGCCCUCAGUUGCUGAAGGUGACCUUCCCCCUCUGUCAAGGACAGGCUCGCCCACGGCUGCCGAAAAAGACAUCCUGCGAUACUACUACUACAUUCACAAUGGGAUUGACACGGAACACGUGGCGCCCAUGGAGGACUCCUGGCUGGAUAACGUCCUCCAUCUUGUGUCUGAGGACCUGAAGGGAGGACACACAGAGACAAUAGAGAACUUGUCUGACGAAAUGCGAGAGGACUACCUGCUGAGUGUCAAGAAGGCCAUUGUGGAUUUUGUGUUGCGCGAUCCUCGCGAGAAAGAAGAAGACAAAGAAGAGAGCAAGCCACCUCACCGUUUAGAGCUGUCUGUGGUGCCCAAGCCCUGGUACAAGUCCUUCCUAGCCUCUCAGGCUUGCAUGAGUCAGGACCUGAACAUCACCAAUCCCACCAUGCUGCAAGUACUUGAACUCUGGCAUGUGUCAUUUGGAAACCUGCGUCUGGUGGAUGUAGAGGAGUUCCACCAGAAGACAGAGUCUAUGGAGCUUGCCAUCUUCCAGAAUCUUGUCAUGAGACACAUUGACGCAGCUAAAGAAAAACUCUUGAAGAAGUGGUUUCCUGAGGUGCAGAACAUCUACUACCAGGGCAACCGACGCAAGCUGGUACCCAGCAACCACAAUGGUCGCAAGCUGGAGUCCUUUUUCAACUGUGCAGCCACGCUCAUGACCGAGCAGCUGCAGGGCCUGUGUUUGAACUCCAUGACAGAUUUCACCAAUCUCAUCUGCCAGCCACCGGAUUCUGUUCGUGCUUUUGAGCACUCGGGCUUCAUCAUGCGGCUGGUGCUGGAUGGGACUAACAUCAAGUUUGAGCCCACCUUCUCCGACUUUGAGAUUGUGUUGCUGAAUGUGUACGAUGUCAUGCUGAAGGCGGUCAGUGUGGUGCCUCGUGUGGAAACCAAGUUGUACUCGGAGUGGAGUGGACCCAAGUCUAAGGCCACCCUCCGCCCCAUCAUUCUGGAGGACAUCCUGAAUGGCCACAAGCAGAAGGUCCGUGACAUCAUCAGUGACGAGAGCAUCCUGCCCAAAGACCACCUCAAGAUCUAUGACAAGUACAACUUCCUCAUUAACAAACAGGCUGAUGCAGACAUUGAACAGUUCAUGAGCGAGGAACACUCUUUUGAGGAGUAUGCUCGGGAGGUCAGAAAGUACAACAAACUAGCAGAAGAGAUUUCCUUCAACACUCGCAAGGACGGAGUUGACCAGAGAAGGGUGAUACGGCUUGGCAUGUUUGAGCUUCACUGCGAUGAGCUGAUCCGUGCCCUGGCCAAGAGAGCCGAAACCCUGAGCAGUCGGCUGCUGGCCAGGAUGAAUAUGGACCAUGCCGAAGCCAACCGAAAACUGUGUGACGAGUACGAGGCCAUCGCGGAGAAGGCCCUGACCACCCCACCCAACACCGAGAAGCUGAUGGAGCUGUCCGAGUUCAUCGAGGGGGUGGAGAAAAAGACCAUCUUUGAGCUGGAGAAGCAGCUGGUGCAGAGCCGAGACCGGCUGGCCUUCCUGGUGGACUACGCCAGCUUCUCGCCGGCCGAGAUGCGCCUCAACAGUAGCACCUUCCAGUGGCACGAGCGCAUGCCUGAGAUCUUUGCCGAGCACAAACAGAUUGUGGCUGAGAAGACGUCACAAUACCAAGAUGGUCUAAAGCUGAGACGAGAGCGUUUCCAGGAGGAGUUAGAGGGUUACGCCAAACAGCUGGAGGAGUUUUCAUCUUUCGGCGACAUGUCCGAGGUCGGCAGGUACUUAAAGAAGGCCCAGGCCCUCUUGGCCAGGCUUGAGGCAGCAACAGAGAAGAUUGAGGCUUUCAAUCUGGAGGAGGAGGCCUUUGGUUGGCAGACCUCGGCCUAUCCACAGCGGAACACCAUUAUGAGCACCUUGCAGCCGUACCACAAGCUGUACGAGACCACAGUGGAGUUCAACACCAGGCACAAACAAUGGAUGGAAGGGGCCAUGCACGAGGUGGACCCGGACAAAGUGGAUCAGGACGUGGGCAACUACUGGCGCACCCUGUACAAGCUGGAGAAGACCUUCGGCGACGUGGCCACGGCCCAGAAGAUAGCCAGUCGCAUGAAGGACAAAGUGGAGACCUUCAAGGACUACAUCCCGCUGGUCUCUGCCCUCUGCAACCCGGGACUUAGGGACCGUCACUGGGAAGCCAUGUCGGACAUUGUCGGUUUCCCCUUGAAGCCAGACGAGGACACCACCCUGUCCAAGAUGAUCGACAUGAAUCUGGAGCCUUUCCUGGCCAAGUUUGACAGCAUCAGUGAGUCGGCCAGCAAGGAGUACUCACUGGAGAAGGCCAUGGAGAAGAUGGUGUCGGAGUGGGACGCGAUGGAGUUUGUCAUGAUUCCAUACCGUGAGACUGGCACGAUGAUCCUGUCUUCGGUGGACGACAUCCAGGUCCUGUUGGACGACCAGAUCGUCAAAACCCAGACCAUGAGAGGCUCCCCGUUCAUCAAGCCCUUUGAAAAUGAGAUCAAGGCCUGGGAGGGUAAGCUCCUGCUCCUGCAGGAGAUCCUGGAUGAGUGGCUGAAGGUGCAGGCCACCUGGCUCUACCUGGAGCCCAUCUUCAGCUCGCCGGACAUCAUGGCGCAGAUGCCCGAGGAGGGCCGCCGCUUCUCCACCGUCGACAAGAAUUGGAGGGACAUCAUGAAAGCGGCGGUAGUGGACAAGCAUGUGCUGGCCGUCACCGACAUUGAGAAGAUUCUGGAGAGGCUGAAAAAGUCUAACGAGCUGCUGGAGCUCAUCCAAAAGGGCCUGAACGACUACCUGGAGAAGAAGCGGCUCUACUUCCCCCGCUUUUUCUUCCUGUCCAACGAUGAGCUGCUGGAAAUCCUGUCAGAGACCAAGGACCCCACCCGGGUCCAGCCCCACCUCAAGAAGUGCUUCGAGGGCAUCGCCUCGCUGGAGUUCACCGAUAUUCUGGACAUCACCCACAUGAAGAGCAGCGAGGGGGAGGUGGUGCAGCUGAAUGAGCCCAUCUCCACCUCCAAGGCCCGGGGCCAGGUGGAGAAGUGGCUUCUGGAACUGGAGGGCCUCAUGAUCAAGAGCCUGCACAAGGUUAUCAAGGAGUGCAUGGAGGCCUACGCCAAGCGGGAGCGUAUCAAGUGGGUCAUUGAGUGGCCCGGCCAGGCUGUGCUCUGCAUCUCCCAGAAGUACUGGACGGACGAGAUCCACAAGGCCAUCCGGUCAGGCCAGAAGGACCUGGAGGCCUACCUGCAGCUCAACAACAGCCAGAUCGACGACAUCGUGGAGCUGGUGCGCGGCAAGCUUAACAAGCAGAACCGCACCACCCUGGGGGCGCUGGUGGUGUUGGACGUGCACGCCCGGGACGUGCUGGCCCAGCUGGUGCAGGACCAGGUCAGCAGCGAGAAUGACUUCCGCUGGCUGAGCCAGCUACGCUACUACUGGGUGGAGGAUCAGAUGCUGACGCGCAUGAUCAACUCCAUGCUGGCCUACGGCUACGAGUAUCUGGGUAAUUCCGGCCGUCUUGUCAUCACACCACUUACUGACAGAUGCUACAGAACCCUGUUUGGAGCCCUCCACCUCCACCUGGGAGGGGCCCCUGAGGGCCCAGCCGGCACCGGCAAGACAGAGACCACCAAGGAUUUGGCCAAGGCAGUGGCCAAGCAGUGCGUGGUCUUCAACUGCUCGGACGGCCUGGACUACCUGGCCCUGGGCAAGUUCUUCAAGGGCCUGGCCUCCUGCGGGGCCUGGUCCUGCUUCGACGAGUUCAACCGCAUCGACUUGGAGGUGUUGUCUGUGGUGGCCCAGCAGAUCCUAACCAUUCAGAGAGGCAUUAACUCUGGAGCCAGCACCCUGUUGUUUGAGGGAACGGAGAUCAAACUUGACCCGACCUGCUCGGUAUUCAUCACCAUGAACCCAGGCUAUGCCGGCAGAUCUGAACUCCCUGACAACCUCAAGGCCCUGUUUCGUACCGUGGCCAUGAUGGUUCCCGACUAUGCCAUGAUCGCGGAGAUUGUGCUUUACUCCUGCGGUUUCGUCAAGGCCCGUCCCCUAUCAGUCAAGAUUGUGGCGACCUACCGGCUGUGCUCGGAGCAGCUGUCAUCCCAGCACCACUACGACUACGGCAUGAGGGCCGUCAAGUCUGUGUUGACCGCUGCCGGCAACUUGAAGUUAAAAUAUCCUGAUGAGGAUGAGGACAUUUUGAUGUUGCGUUCCAUCAACGAUGUCAACCUGCCCAAGUUCUUGUCCCACGAUCUUCCUCUCUUCGCCGGUAUUACCUCUGAUCUGUUCCCUGGUGUGGUACUGCCCAAGCCAGACUAUGCCAUCCUGACUGAAGCAGUACAGGAGAACUGCGAGAAGAUGAACCUGCAGAUGACAGACGUCUUCCUGGAUAAGAUCCAACAGGUGUAUGAAAUGAUGAUUGUCCGUCACGGCUUCAUGAUUGUUGGUGAGCCAUUUGGUGGCAAGACGUCUGCCUACCGUGUACUGGCCAAAGCGCUUGGGGACAUCGCUGAAAAGGGUCUAAUGGAGGAGAACAAGGUGCAGAUAACAGUCAUCAACCCCAAGUCCAUCACCAUGGGUCAGCUGUACGGUCAGUUUGACCCAGUGUCUCACGAGUGGUCGGAUGGCAUCUUGGCAGUCAGUUACAGAGCCUUUGCUUCGUCUACGACCCCCGACCGAAAGUGGCUGAUUUUUGAUGGUCCCGUGGAUGCAAUCUGGAUUGAGAACAUGAACACUGUGCUGGAUGACAACAAGAAGCUCUGCCUCAUGAGUGGAGAAAUCAUCCAGCUAGCACCAACAACCAACCUCAUCUUUGAACCCAUGGACUUGGAGGUGGCCUCCCCAGCUACUGUGUCUCGUUGUGGUAUGAUCUACAUGGAGCCUCACAUGUUAGGCUGGCGCCCCCUCAUGGUUUCCUGGCUCAACACCAUGCCCUCUGCUCUGACCGAGAAUCACAAGAAGCUCAUAUCGGACAUGUUCGACCGCCUUCUGCCUGCCUCGCUGGAGUUUGUCCGUAAGAGUGGAGUGAAGGAACUGUCUCCGACCAAUGACACCAACAUGGUGAAGUCCCUGAUGAAUCUGAUGGACAGCUUGAUGGACGAGUUUCAUGACGAGGCUGCUGUCAGCAAGAUGGAUGAGAGGGAGAUCAUCUCGUGGAUUGAGGGCAUCUUCCUCUUCUCGUUUGUCUGGUCCAUCGGAGCCACCGUGGGCGGAGACGGACGCAAGAAGUUUGACCUUCUCUUCCGGGAGAUCAUGGAAGGCGGUCUGUCAGAGGAAUCGCGUAGCAAGUUCCACAUCAUCCAGUUUGUGGACCCGCCCCUCAAGAACUUCACUGUACCCAUCCCCAAAGAGGGCAACGUGUACGAUUACUUCUUCAUCAAAGAGGGAAUCGGUCGGUGGGAGCGUUGGGUGGAAGAGAUCAAGGAUGCCCCGCCCAUCCCCAAGGAUGCCGUGGCCAAUAAGAUCAUCGUGCCCACCAUCGAGACGGUGCGUGCCACAGCACUCAUGAAAAUGCUGAUCACCCACCAGAAACCCUGCCUGUUUGUGGGUCCAACGGGCACCGGCAAGUCUGUCUAUGUCACGGAUUUCAUCCUGAACAAGCUGGACAAGGAGGUUUACAAGCCCAUUAUCAUCAACUUCUCUGCCCAGACCAGCGCCAACCAGACACAGAACAUCAUCAUGUCCAAGCUGGACAAGAGACGCAAGGGAGUGUUUGGACCACCGUUCGGCAAGAAAACUGUCGUGUUUGUAGAUGACCUAAACAUGCCGGCACGGGAGGAGUAUGGUGCCCAGCCUCCCAUCGAGCUGCUGCGGCAGUGGCUGGACCACUGGAACUGGUACGACCUUAAGGACUGCGCCGCCAUGAGGCUGACCGAUAUUCAGCUGAUGGCGGCUAUGGGCCCACCGGGCGGAGGCCGCAACAUUGUCACGCCCCGCUUCCUGCGCCACUUCAACACCAUCACCAUCAACGAGUUCGACGAUGAGACCAUGGAGACCAUCUUCAAGCGCAUCCUUAACUGGCACAUUACCACAAAGGGUUUUGCCAAGGAGUUUGAGGCGGUGGGCAACCAGCUGGUGGGGGCCACCACCCAGGUCUACAAGGCCACAAUGGCUAACCUGUUGCCCACCCCGGCCAAGUCCCACUACCUUUUCAACCUGCGGGACUUUGCCCGCGUCAUCCAGGGUGUCUUGCUGUCGGUGCCGGACUACUGUGAGACGCCGGCCGUCAUGAAGAGACUGUGGGUGCAUGAGGUGUUUCGUGUCUACUAUGACCGUCUGGUGGAUGACAACGACCACGGCUGGCUGGUCAAGUUCCUGCAGGACGUGGUGUCCACCCACCUGCGGGAGGACUUCAACCAGCUCUUUGCCCACCUGGACUUUGACGGGGACGGCAAGGUGGUGGAGGACGACCUGCGCAGCCUGGUCUUCUGUGACUUCACUGACCCCAAGAACGAGAACAAGAACUACGUCGAGGUGAACGACAUGGAGCAACUGCGGCGGAUUGUGGAGGGCCACCUGGAGGAGUUCAACAACCUCAGCAAGAAGCCCAUGAACCUCGUCCUCUUCAGAUUUGCCUUGGAGCAUGUCUCGCGUAUCUCCCGUGUCAUCAAGCAGCCCAACGGCCACGCCCUGCUGGUGGGCGUGGGAGGCAGUGGCCGGCAGUCCCUGACCCGCCUGGCGGCACACAUGGCCGAGUAUGAACUGUUCCAGGUGGAGAUCGGCAAGAGCUAUACCACAGUUGAGUGGCGGGAGGACCUCAAGAUGAUCCUGAGGAAGUGCACAGAGGGAGAGCAGCACGGCGUCUUCCUCUUCAGUGACACGCAGAUCAAGCAAGAAUCUUUCUUGGAAGACAUCAACAACCUGUUGAAUGCUGGUGAGGUUCCUAACCUGUAUCCCAACGAUGAGAAACAGGAGAUCUGUGAGAAGAUGAGAGUGAUUGACAGGCAACGGGAAAAGUCCAAGCAGACUGACGGCUCACCCCUGUCCCUGUUCAACAUGUUCAUCGAGCGUGUGCGGGAGCAGAUGCACAUCGUGCUGGCCAUGAGUCCCAUCGGAGACGCCUUCCGUAACCGACUCCGGAAAUUCCCAUCCCUGGUGAACUGCUGCACCAUCGACUGGUUCCAGUCCUGGCCAGAGGAUGCCCUGCAGGCCGUAGCCGCCCGCUUCCUGGACGACGUGGAGCUCGACACGGAGAUCCAGCAGGGAUGCAUCACCAUGUGCAAGCGGUUCCACACCACCACCCGCAUGCUGUCCGAGCGCUUCCUGAAUGAGCUGGAGCGACACAACUAUGUCACCCCAACCUCCUACCUGGAGCUCAUCAGCACUUUCAAGUCACUGCUGGGCAAGAAGAGAAACAUCGUCUACCGGAAUAAGAAGCGUUACGAGGUGGGCCUGGACAAGCUGCAGAAUGCCGCCUCACAGGUUUCCACCAUGCAGCAGGAGCUGGAGGCCCUGCAGCCCCAGCUGGUGGUGGCCAGCAAGGAGGUGGACGACAUCAUGGUAGUCAUUGAGCGCGACUCCAUAGAAGUAGCCAAGACGGAAAAGGUAGUGAAAGCUGACGAGGAAGUGGCCAACAAGCAAGCCAUGGCAGCCAAGGCCAUUAAGGACGAAUGUGACGCUGAGCUGUCGGAGGCCAUACCUAUCCUGGAAGCAGCCCUGGCUGCUCUGCAGACGCUGACACCACAGGACAUCACCGUUGUCAAAACGAUGAAGAGUCCCCCGGCCGGUGUCCGCCUGGUGCUGGAGGCCGUCUGCAUCCUGAAGAACAUCAAGCCGGACCGCGUGCCAGAUCCCUCGGGCUCUGGCAAGAAGAUCGAGGACUUCUGGCCCCCCAGCAAGAGGCUGCUUGGUGACAUGAAGUUCCUGCAGUCUCUCCACGACUACGACAAGGACAAUAUUCCACCCAACAUCAUCAAGGUGAUUCGCACCAAGUACGUCACCAAUCCAGACUUUGUUCCCGAGAAGAUCCGACAGGCCUCCACAGCCGCCGAAGGCCUGUGCAAGUGGGUCAGGGCCAUGGACUCCUAUGACAAAGUGGCCAAGGUGGUAGCACCCAAGAAAGAGGCUCUGAAGGCUGCCGAGGCGGAGCUGAGCGUGGCCAUGGCGGGCCUGGAAAAGAAGCGGUCAGCCCUGCGGGAGGUCCAGGACAAGCUGAAGAAGCUGCAGGACAAGCUGGAGGCCAACAAGAAGAAGAAGAUUGACCUGGAGAACCAGGUGGACCUGUGCUCCAAGAAGCUAGACCGGGCCGAGCAGCUCAUCGGUGGGCUGGGUGGAGAGAAGGACAGAUGGCGCAAGUCCGCUGCAGACCUGGGCGAGCUGUACAUCAACCUGACGGGUGACGUGCUCAUUUCCUCUGGUCUGGUGGCCUACUUGGGUGCCUUCACUUCGGCCUACAGACAGGACCAAAUCAAGAGUUGGUUUGAGGAGGUGCAGCAGAUGGGCAUCCCCUGCUCACCCGAGUUCUCCCUCAGUGCCACCUUGGGAGACCAGGUGCAGAUCAGGCAGUGGAACAUUGCCGGCCUGCCCACCGACAGUUUCUCAGUGGAGAACGGCAUCAUUAUCAGCAAUGCGCGGCGUUGGCCUCUCAUGAUUGACCCUCAGGGCCAGGCCAACAAGUGGAUCAAGAACAUGGAGAAGGCCAACAACCUGCAUGUUAUCAAGCUGACCGACAGCGACUUUGUCCGCACUCUGGAGAACUGCAUCCAGUUUGGUACACCGGUGCUGCUGGAGAACAUAGGGGAGGAGUUGGACCCCUUGCUGGAGCCCCUACUUCUGAAGCAGACCUUCAAGCAGGGCGGGGCCAUCUGCAUCCGCCUGGGCGACAGUACCAUUGAAUACUCCCAUGACUUCCGCUUCUACAUCACUACCAAGUUGCGCAACCCCCACUACCUCCCAGAAACCGCCGUCAAGGUGACCUUGCUGAACUUCAUGAUCACUCCGGAGGGUCUGGAAGACCAGUUGCUGGGCAUCGUGGUGGCCAGGGAGAGGCCGGAGCUGGAAGAGGAGAAGAAUGCGUUGAUCAUUCAGAGUGCUGACAACAAACGGCAAUUGAAGGAGAUCGAGGACAAGAUCCUGGAGGUCCUCUCCACGUCCGAGGGCAACAUCCUGGAGGAUGAGACGGCCAUCAAGGUCCUGUCCUCCUCCAAGGUGCUGGCCAAUGAGAUCUCGGAGAAACAGGCCAUCGCCGAGGAGACGGAGCAGAAGAUCGACAAAACCCGCAUGGGCUACAAGCCCAUCGCCGUCCACUCCAGCAUCCUGUUCUUCACCAUCGCCGACUUGGCCAACAUUGAGCCUAUGUACCAGUACUCUCUGACCUGGUUUGUGAAUCUCUUUGUCAAUGCCAUUGAGAAUUCAGACAAGUCGGACGACCUUGAGAAGCGUCUCUUCAACCUGAGGGAGUACUUCACCUAUUCUUUGUACUGCAACGUCUGCAGAUCUCUCUUUGAGAAAGACAAGCUUCUCUUCUCCUUCCUGCUGUGCACCAACCUCCUCAAGCAUGCCAAGGAAGUGGACGAGGAUGAGUGGCGCUUCCUGCUGACUGGUGGCAUUGGCCUGGACAACCCCCACUCCAACCCCACCUCCUGGCUUCCACCAAUGUCCUGGGACGAGAUCUGCCGGCUGGACGACCUGCCCCGCUUCAGCGGCAUGCGCAAGAAGUUCCCUGCCCAGAAGGAGGGUUGGAAGGCCAUUUAUGACAGUCCGGAACCACAAAACAUGCCGCUGCCUGGGGAAUGGGACGAGAACCUAGGCAUGUUCCAGAAGCUACUUACCCUGAGAUGCUUGCGCUCGGAUAAGGUAGUUCCAGCCAUCCAGGCCUUCGUGACCGCCAAGCUGCACCGCAAGUUCAUCGAGCCGCCACCCUUUGACCUCGGCAAGGCCUUCAACGACAGCCACUGCUGCGCCCCGCUCAUCUUUGUCCUGUCACCCGGCAGUGACCCCACAGCCGCUCUGCUCAAGUUUGCAGACGAUCAGGGUUUUGGAGGCAGUAAGCUUAGCUCUCUCUCCCUGGGCCAGGGACAAGGCCCCAUCGCCAUGCGCCUGAUUGAGAAGGGCAUCAAGGAAGGCACCUGGGUGGUCCUGCAGAACUGUCACCUGGCGGUGUCCUGGAUGACCACACUGGAGAAGAUAUGUGAGGAGUUGAAUCCAGAGACCACCCAUCCGGACUUCCGUCUCUGGCUGACCUCCUACCCCUCGCCCCACUUCCCCGUCGCCGUCCUGCAGAACGGCGUCAAGAUGACCAACGAGCCGCCCAAGGGGCUCCGCUCCAACGUCAUCCGCUCCUACCUGAGUGACCCCAUCUCGGACCCGGAGUUCUUCAACGGGGUCAAGGCUGAGGCUCAGAGAGCCUGGAAGAAGCUUCUGUACGGCCUGUGCUUCUUCCAUGCCCUGGUGCAAGAGAGACGGAACUUUGGCCCCAUUGGUUGGAACAUCCCCUACGAGUUCAACGAGACGGAUCUGCGGAUCAGCGUGCGCCAACUGGCCAUGUUCCUGAAUGAAUACGAAGAGACACCAUUCGACGCCAUCAAAUACCUGACGGGCGAGUGCAACUAUGGGGGCCGUGUGACUGAUCCUUGGGACAGGCGCAACUUGCACAACAUCCUGGCCAAGAUGUACUGCCCAGAGAUCAUCGACAACGACGACUAUCACUUUGACAAUAGCGGACUGUACUAUGCACCCAAGACUGGCGAUUAUGAGAGUUACCUGGAGUACACCAGGAACUUGCCCAUCAUAGCCAGCCCCGAGAUCUUUGGCAUGCACCCCAACGCUGACAUCACCAAGGAGCAGGCGGAGACCAAGCUGCUCUUUGACAACAUCCUGCUGACACAGAGUCAGGCUCAGUCCCGUUCCUCAAAAGGCGGGGCCAAGUCCAACGAUGAGGUGGUGACAGACGUGGCCACCGACAUCCUGAGCAAGCUGCCGAGCAACUUUGACACGGACGCCGGCCUGCGCAAGUACCCGACCACCUACACGCAGAGCAUGAACACCGUGCUGGUGCAGGAGAUGACUCGCUUCAACAACCUGCUGGCCACCGUGCGCAGCAGUCUCAUCAACAUCCAGAAGGCCAUCAAGGGUCUGGUGGUGAUGUCGACGGAACUGGAGGAGGUGGUCAACAGCAUGCUAAAAGGCAAAGUGCCGGGGAUGUGGAUGAAGAAGUCUUACCCUUCCCUCAAGCCUCUGGGAGGCUACAUCAAUGACUUCCUUGCCAGGCUCAAGUUCCUUCAGGAUUGGUACGACGUCGGCCCCCCGCCAGUCUUCUGGCUGUCUGGGUUUUUCUUCACCCAAGCCUUCUUGACUGGUGCCCAGCAGAACUACGCCAGGAAGUACACCAUCCCCAUCGACCUGCUGGGCUUUGACUACGAGGUCAUGGACGACAAGAAGUAUGAUAAGGCACCGGAAGAUGGUGUGUACGUCAACGGUCUGUUCUUGGACGGAGCCCGUUGGGAUCGUAAGACUCGCAGACUGGGAGAAUCCCACCCUAAGGUGCUGCAGGAUACAAUGCCAGUGGUGUGGCUGAAACCCAUCAAGAAAUCAGACAUCCCCGAGCGUCCAUCUUACGAAGCACCCCUCUACAAGACAAGUGAGCGGCGAGGCACACUGUCCACCACUGGCCACUCCACCAACUUUGUCAUCAGCAUGAUGCUGCCCUCAGAUUUGCCGCCGCAGCACUGGAUCGGUCGCGGGGUGGCGCUGCUCUGUCAACUGGACAAUUAAGCCAUUGAGAUAUACUUAUGAAUGCGUAUUCUUGAUAUGCUUAUGAAAACUUUGGAAGAGUUUGUAUUCAAAAUAUCUUUAAAGAAUCUUAAAAAGUGUGUGCAUUUCAAAGAUAUUACUAAAUAUAGCUCUGUGCUACCACAUAAACCGAAUGUUAAAUACUUCGUGAAUAUUUCUAAGAUAUUGGUAAACAUAGCUUACUACUACCACAUCAACUGGUUUGGAUCAACUUUGUUUGGAUUUAUGCAAAGUGGAAAGCAAUAAAUGAGCUCACGUUGGAAAUUUGUAUAUAAUUCUAUAUUGCUCAUAUAAUUUCAAUUAAAAGGUUUUGGUUUAAUGUAACAUUGUUAUGAGUCCACACUUGCAGUGCCUUAAGCUGGAAUGCAGAGUUUUAGAGCGGUAGUGGGUUUUUCUUUUCAUUGUUUGUGACAAAAAAUAUUCAAGUGUUGAGUGGAUAUCUGUACAUACUUCGGAGUCUGGUUUUCAUUUUCUUGAUAGAUAAAUUACUUACAAUUCUAAUUUGUAAAAACUUGUUGGAGAAAAUUUGUUCAUUUUUUGUGUUCAUGGUAAAAUACACAUCUCCACACAAAUGUACUUAUGCAAGAAUUAUUAGGAUAAGAGAAGUCUGGAAGCCAUUACUACAUUCUCGGACCAAACUAAAUACACGCUUGUACCUUUCUUCACCAUUCUUGGAGACCAGAAUUAUUGUAAAGUAUUUUUGUAUAUGAAUUCUAUCCAGUUGCUCUAAAGAGUAGGAUUAUUAGCUCAUGGUCAAAUGAGUCAAGAAUACUGUGUGAUUGGUUUGAUAUUAAUAUUUAAUAUAAUUUUUUUAUCUCAUGUUACGUUUAUAAUAGUUGCGACUGUUUGCUCUCAUUCCACCCAUUAAAUAUGAAUGUAUAUAGUUUGAAGUAUCUUAUAUUUGACACUACAAUCGGUCCAGCAUACAGAUGCCUUGAAGUAGUAUAAACCGAUUUCUGUCUUCGCUGUUAUUGAAGGAAAUUUCGGUAAACUGACAAAGUUAUUAUUCCGUCCAAAAAGUCGUUGUACCUGAGAUUUAUGCAAAAGCUUGUAUGUGAAAGGUUGUACUACUUGUACUAAAAAGGAGUCUUUCUUCCAUGGAUAAUUAAAAAGGUUAACGCCUGUAUAAUUGUGUAGAGACUUCCAAUAAACGUUUCCCUGUAUCAAUCCAAGCUCGAGCCAGUGCGCCAGAGUACUUCGUCUAUGGAGCUAUAAAAAAGAUAGCUCCGUGCUUCAUCUGUCUUUUCGAUAAUUUCUAACCUAUAGGUAUCGGUGUGUGUGUGCGCAGUAUUUCAAGAGCAAUGGGUUGAUAGUCUCAAAAGA